UGUGUACAAAUUAUCGGUUAGCGUUGGCAAAUAAACAAAAACAUGGUUAUAAAAAUACUACUUGCACUAUCUAUCGCACAAUUUCUAAUUGUCACCUCUAUACCAAUAGAUGAUUUUUUCCCAUUAAUUGACGAUGACGACUUCAAUAAAACCACACCAGAAAUGAUAGCAAAUGCUGGCUAUCCUGUUGAAACUCACUAUGUGACCACUACAGAUGAAUAUAUCCUGUGCAUUCAUAGAAUACCAUCUGGAAAAAAUGGGAAAAAGAAUAAUAAGGUGGCAUAUUUGCAACACGGAGUUCUCACCUCUUCUUCUGAUUGGAUUUUGUUUGGACCUGGAAAGUCUCUAGGGUAUAUUCUUGCUGAUCAUGGUUAUGAUGUUUGGAUGGGAAAUGCAAGAGGCACAUUGUACUCCAGAAACCAUACUAAAUUAAAUCCAGAUACUGAUGGUAAAUUCUGGCAGUUUAGUUGGAAUGAAAUUGGUUAUUAUGAUUUACCUGCUAUGAUCGACUAUAUUACAGAAACAACAGGUAUUGAUGGAGUCCACUAUGUAGGACAUUCCCAAGGAACAACAUCAUUCUUUGUAAUGACCUCAGAAAGACCGGAAUAUAACAAAAAGAUAAAAGUUCAAGUUAGUCUAGCUCCUAUUGCUUACAUGAAUCACAUGACAAGUCCUUUGUUACAUAUCAUUUCUUUUUGGGAAGGGCCAUUGGAAAUAUUGAUGGGUCUUCUGGGAAUGAAUGAGUUCAUUCCUGAGAAAGGCUUUUUACAUCUAUUAACAGAGGCCAUUUGUAAAGACGGCUUGGGACAAAUCCUCUGUGAAAAUGCAUUGUUUGCGAUUUGUGGUUUUAGCCUUAAUGAAAUGAACACAACGAAAAUCCCUUUAAUUGUAGGACAUGCACCAGCUGGAGCAUCUACUAAGCAAUUGCUUCAUUAUGGCCAAGAAAUAAACAGUGGACAUUUUAGAAAAUAUGACUUUGGUAUGAUCGGUAAUCUCGAAGAAUAUGGAAGCGUUUGGGCCCCAGAUUACGAUUUAUCUAAAGUAACUGCUCCAGUUUUUUUAUUUUACAGUAAAAACGAUUGGUUAGCUGGUUUACAAGAUGUCGAGAGACUUUAUAAGGAACUACCAAAUGCUCAGGGAAAAUUUUUGAUAGCGGAGGAUUCCUUUAAUCAUUUAGAUUUUACAUACUGUGAUAGGGCCCCAAAACUGAUUUAUAAUGAAAUCAUUAGUAUAUUUAACAUCUAUUGAUAUUUUAUUGUACCUAUUUCAAAUGUUGAAUACGUAACCUAUCUGAGUUCAUUUCAAUUUAUUUAUUUUCUUUUUAUUUAUUUCUCUUUACUUAGAUUGUAUUUUUUGUACUAUGUAUAUUUGUUGUGAAAUAAAUUUUUUUGUAACUUC